AAGAUAAACUAGGCCGUAUGUUUCACAUAAUCAUUGAUCAAAUUAAUUUAUUUUUUGGUGAUAAGGUAAGGUAUAGAAAUAUGCCAAUAUUUAAUUAAUGUGAUGAAUUAGAUUGCGAAUAAGCUACGCAACACAAUCACACAAAAUUAAAUUUAUUAAAUCUAUUACUGCGAUGUGAGUGACUGAUUAACAAAAUAAACUUGAUUUUUAGUAAUUUUAAUUUAUUUUUAUCCUUAAUUUAGCCAUUCCCCAUUGUUGUCGAUCAAUCUACACCUGAAUUACUGAAUUAAUAUAUGGUUUAAUACACCUUGAUAUAUUACAAAUAAUUUUUAUUCGCAAUGAGGGUAAACUGCAUGUUUUGAUUUCAUUAACCUUUAUGAACUGAAAAUUUUAAUGAAAUAGGUAUUUUAUUUGUGAAACAUACACAAAGUUGUAUCAAAGUUUGUUUAUAUUUUGUCUGGAACAGGUAUACCUUAAAUUCAAAUAUAAAUAAAUACUUAAUAUUAACUUAAGCAUAUACCCAGUAAAAGAUUAUAAAUGUUAAAUUUUUUAAGUUUCUUUUUUAUUCAACGUUAUUAUUCUUGACAUUCACAAUGAAAAUUCAAAACGUUCUUAUUGUAAUUACGAGUAUGUUUGAUCUUUGUAUUAUUAAUCAAAUGGUGACAGCAAGGAAUAGAACACGACGGAAUGUUGAACGUUUAAACCGAAGAGAAAGAUUUGGUCCUCCUUAUAACCACCAUAAUCAUGAAAUGAUUGGUUGGCCCAUCGAUGAAUCAUUUGAUUCUUCUUCUUCUGGAGUUCCGGAGUUUGAUUUCUUUGACAGUAGUAAUGGGUAUCAUCACAGAAAUAUUUAUAGCCAAAUUGCACAAAAAGUAAUUGAAAUAAAUCUUGAAUCAAAACCAAAUACAAAUUACGCAAAAAACAUCAUUUUAUUCAUUGGUGAAGACUUGCCCGUAUCAACAUUCAAAACAGCACGCCUUUAUCAACAAUGCCUAGGAGAUUUCUGCUAUGAUGAGGUCCCAAAGGAUUCUAUACUUCGAUAUUACUUUCAGGAUUAUGCUAUUGCUAAGUCUGAAUGCUCUGAUUCUGUGGAACCUGAUGUAGCAUGUGCGACAACUGCCAUUCUUACAGGAGCAAAAAGCAACAAAGGUACAAUAUCCCUCAACGACAAAGUCAAAUUUAACUCACAUAAAUACCAACCCAACAAAAUCCAUCGCCUGGAUUCGAUUGCCUCCUGGGCGCAAUUUGAUGGCAAACGUACUGGAUUGGUCACUUCAGGUCGGGUUACUUCACCAGGUGUCUCACCAUACUAUGGCCAUACCCCCAAUUAUAAUUGGCAGUCUGACUAUGACAUGGCAAAGAAUAAGGUCUUUGCUCAUGGUGCAGAUCUUGCUUCGCAAUUGAUCAAUAGCAAAACUGGGUCCAAUCUUAACGUUAUUCUUGGUGGUGGUCGGAGGAAAUUUCUUCCAUCACAUCAAAGUCGCGGUGAAAGAUUAGACAGAAGGAAUCUAAUAAAUGAAUGGUUGAGGUCGAAACGUGACCAUGGCGAACAUGCUUAUAUUGAAACCAAAGAGGAGUUGCCACAAGUCUGCAGACAUACUAAAUACCUUCUUGGACUUUUUGAUUUAGACCACUUGAAUGGUAAAAAUCAUCCGAAACUAGCCGAAAUGACUGCGGCUGCUAUCAAGCUGUUGGACAAACCAAAUGACGAAGGCUUCUUAUUACUCGUACAUUCGUCUAAGGUGUACCCUCAGGAUGACUUCACAGAAGAUGAAAGACAGGUACAUCAACACAUACAUCUCAUGGACGCUAUCAAAACCGCCAUUGACAUGACUGAUGCAUCGGAGACUUUGAUUAUUGGCACUACUGAUCACUAUUUCCGCAAUCGGAAGUACUUAUUUAAUCAACUACGAAAUGAUGUUGGCGAACAAAAAUAUACUCGGAAAACGGACAUACCGGAAAUACGGACUGAUUGGGAUUUCAGUACUUAUGGAACUCGAGUAACUGCUAUUUUGAAUGAGUUAAUUGGUAAACCAGAGUAUUCCGAAGAUUACUGUGAUAUUAGAGACACCGGCGAUGACGCAAUGGUUUUUGCAUAUGGACCAUAUUCGCAUCUGUUCAGCGGAAUCAUGCAACAAAAUUAUAUUGCGUAUAUAAUUGGCUAUGCAGCAUGCAUUGGAGAUAGUUUGCAAAUGUGUGAUGAUUAUUACAUUUAAAACAUCAUUAACUCACGUUUAUAUACUGUAUAUACAUAUAAUUAUGGACAAAUAGUUUGCGAGGAAGGUGGUUUAGAAAUUUCCGCGCGUUGUCUUAUGUAUUCAUGUGUACAUACAUGUUUGUUGUACUGUCCACGUAGAAUUCGUUUUUAUAUGUAAAUGUUUUGUAUUGUAUUGUAGUGCAGAAAUGUUAGAGAUGCGCGUAUUACAAGGCAAGUUUUACUUUCAGGAGAUUUUAGAGCUGUCUAUGAUUUUAAAUAAAUGUAUGUAGUUUUUAAUGUUGCUAAUAAAACAUAAUGUAAUAUUA